CACGACCACGACCACUACCACGGCCACGACCACGAGCCGAACCAGAUGUCGAAGGAUCAGCACUUGAAUCGUAAGCCUGUGAAGUACGACCAGCUCCUGAUCUCGUUGCAACCAUAGUUUAAAAACAGUUUCACUGCUGUUGUCAGCUUUUUUCAACUUUUUAAAAUAAACACAAUGUUCAAGUGACUAAGUAACUAAACAACAAAGUCAUCGCUGUAAUUUAUGAUGCUUCCAAAUGAAAUAUCAAAUAUUAACUGACGACGCCAAAGGUACAAAGCCGAUAAAUAAGACGUAUCCUGAGAAAACCAGGUUAAUCUCAAAACAUUACAUUUACCAAUUAAAUCUCGAGAAAUAGGACCACAGUAAACAUUAAAUUUAGUUCAUUUUUGUGAGGAAUUAAUUUAACAUUUAAAUCACUUAAUUGUGAUGCUGCUUGAGUACUGAAAUGAGAGACAAAACAGUCUCCAUUAACGAUGGUUCCAAAUGCAAAGUUACAUUGGAUUUACGAUUUGAUGCUUCAAACGAUUUACCCAAAUAGUAUCAUUGAUGUUGUAGACUUGAUGGUUAAUGUAAUAAACCAUAUUUGGUGAUAAUACAAUAGCUAUUGCUGAAUGAAGCACAUCGCCAUUGUAUGCAUUAUUAGAUCAUUUAUUGAGAACCAAGAGAGUGCUUGGGACAGAACCUUAACCGAAAGGUUCAAUUAAAAACAAAAAAAAACGGUUAUUCCGAAGUCUUUCGAUCCUUGAUUGAGAUUUACCCCGAAUUGUUAAACUUUCAAUCUAGAUUCUAUCUCGUUCAGUCCCUUAGCUUUCAGUUAAUGAUCUAAUAUCCCAAUUCCCUUCCCUUAUAUUAAUGUAUCCUGACAUUGAAAACAAAAUAAAAUAAAAUAUUUGCAUGAAUAUUACGGUAUUUUCUGAAUUUUUCCCUCUGCAUUAUACGCCAAUCUUUACUUUAAAAAUUUCACAUUGUUGGUCUUCACAAAAGUCAACGUCACAAUUGUCUCUCUGGCAUUUUGUUUCUUACCUAAUUGCUUAGUGACAAUAUACAAACAACUCCAUUUUAAAAUCUAAAUCUUGAUUCGAUUAUACAGUUAUCGAUUAUUGUAGUUAACUCGAAUAGUAGUUUAACGUUUCUUGAAUCAGGGUAGAUACAAUUGAAUCUUGUUCAACAAUUUUCCAUACAUUGGUUUGCAUUUUUAUCCAAUUAAUAGAGCGAGCCACUGAGACACUAAAAACAUUUUAACAGAGCUUAAAAAGAUGAUGUAAUUUAGUCGUUUGUUACAAGAUAUUAUAAUAUCAAAAAAAAUAAUUUACUUUUUCUAGUAUGAGUCACUUCCCUGCUACAUUACUGUCUGACAAGUCAUGAGUCUACUCAUUGAGUCAAUCAUCUACUUUUUUACCGCCAAAAAUUAAACUGGUUAAAGAUGUCUGCAUUUUUAUUGCUGUAUCAGUUAUCUGGAGUUGCUCAGAAAGUAAUCUCUCAGAUAUUGACCAGUUAGUUUUAAGCUCACGUUAGCUUUUAAAUCUUUUUUAGUAGACUUGAGUUUUAACCGGUUUUACAAAAUUUAUGUUUUAAAUCUCAAUUUUUCCGUGUAACUGCGAGUGUUUAUUUAGGCAAAGAUGUGACACUUGUUCACUACACUUCUCGGAUUUUGUUGAAUCUAGUUUAAAAUUCGUUUCCAAAGAAAAGCUAAAAAGUAACUUGAACCAGGAUCUUGGUAACCCAAAGAAAAGGGCAAAUCUUAUCUUUCAAUGCUUUAUUAGUGUCUUUGAUGUACCAGUUUUAGACAACUUUUUAUUGCUUUUGUUAUUCCUAAUCAACAUUGGAUCAUCAACAACGAUAAGGACAAUCAACUCUCAGUGAUCACUGAUCAGCGCAUUUUAAGCUCAGCAACCUGGAAUAAAUCAACAUGCCAUUGAGGCCAGAAUCUCAGUUUCUUCCCUUCAAUUUGGAAAUGAUAUUGACUGGUAACAGAAAAGUUGAUACUGAUUUUAGUGAAUUAUUGAAACUUUUAUCAUCUUUAUUUGCGCCACUUUACCUACGACAUGUAGAGAUAAUGUCAAUAACUCAUUCUUCACCCAUGUUUUAUUUGGAAAAUGGAAAUUUUGUUUCUCGUGCUCCGUGUUCGUUUGGGACUAGAAGGAUUGAUUUUUGUUCUCAUGGACCCAAUCCGAUUCUAUGGGCGGGUAAAAUUGAACUUGUGCAGAGAAAGCUUCAGGAAAUGGACUACCUUUUACGAAACUUGAGUGCUAAGUUGCGUCCUGAGCUACAAGUUGAUCUAAUUUGGCGAUUUACUAAUGAUUCUUCUUUAGCUUUCCAACAAUUAGUUGGAGUUGCUCCUUUUGAUUAUAAAAGGGCUCGUAUUGAACUCAACACUUCAUCAUUUGCUUUUGGUACCAUUGUUAAUGGAAAUCAUUUUGUAUCACAUUUCCAAAGUAACCUGACAGAACAAGAAAGCAUCUUUAUGAACACGAUGCCAAUCAAUGAGAAACACGUUCAUUUAAAUCACACCAGUGAGCUGCUUGAGCUACAAUUUCGAGUUUGUUCAUUUCGCAUGUGUGAUUAUUGGGGUCAAGAAUUUCAACUUCGAUAUGGUUAUAAUUCAAUUGAAAAAGUUACCAUAUGUAAGAAAACUAAAGAGAUUGUGAUCCUUUACUUUCAUCUGACUCGACCGCCUAAAAUUUACACGGAUAGAUAUCAUCUCGAUCCAAACGUUGUUUACAUUGAUAAACAAGUUGCUGAUGAUGGCAGUGGUAGGGAUCGCUGGACAAGAUGGCAUGAUUGCUUUUUGAUUUCUCGAGAUAUUGUGGGUAAAUCAAAUGUUCUCAAAUUGGAAAUACAUUCAAACACCUCUCAAAGGUUCCAAGCACCUCUGUCUGCGCUCUAUGCUUGGAGACGGUUCAGCCCUCUCGAUAUGAGCUUUGCACCUGUAUAUGAAACUUCAUUUCGUGGAUACCAAGAAAAUUUUCCUGCAAAUUUACCUGAUGAUGUAAAUUAUGGAUUAGAUUGUCUUACUUGUUUUGACUUCAGCUUUCGCAAUGAUCUGGAAUUUAAUAAUGGAGAUGCGAGUCUUUUCAACGCAUUUAUUCGUCAACAAGUUAGCUUAUCCAAAACUGGGCAGAUUGUUGAGAGUUUACACAGAUUGUUUUCAAGUUAUCGAUCUGGUAAAGUUCAUCGUGCUUAUGAAUAUUUCAAAUGGAUUUUCGAUCGAGUUUGUCGUGAGUGGGAAACUAUUAAAAAAAUGAGAGAUCGCCAAUUAUCGAAGACUAAAUUUCUCAGAAGAUGCAUCAUUACUCCAACUCGAGUGUUACCCCUUCCAUCGUGUCCAUUCCAAAGCAGCCAUUUUCUUGAAGCUAUUAAUGCAGAUUAUGCAUUAAGAGCUUUAAUUCGGGAUGAAGACUUUUCUAGUCUCAGCUAUGCCGUUUCGGUUACACACUAUGACUCCUCUACACCCAGGAGAAAGCCCAAUCCUAAUCACCCCAAUUACCGUCCAAAUUGUCGAGAAUACUUUUUGAGAAAGGUGAUUGAGGAUCGCCUAAUUGGUAAUGUAAAUGGCCUGCAAAUUGCUGGCCGUGUUUAUCAGUAUUAUGGAGCUUCAUCAUCUCAAUUCAGAGAAGCUGGAAUGAUGUUGUAUGCAAGAGAUAAUUUAGGACGAACUGCACAGUCCAUCAGAUGCUCGUUGGGAGUAAUUAAUGAAAAAUCAGUCGCUAAAUACGCAUCCAGGGUUGGCUUGAGUUUAAGUCAAGUCUUUGGUUUUGUAACCCUACCUCCAGGGACUCAGAUUUAUAUUAUGUCUGAUGUUUGCGGAGGUUGCCAUUCACAAACUGGAAAACCUUAUAAUUUUACUGACGGUUGUGGAGCGAUAUCCACACAAAUGGCAUAUUAUAUUUGGCAAAAACUGAAGUGCGAUGGAAUUAUGAAUGCUGAAACUACUGAAGAAUUCAUGCCUUCAGCUUAUCAGAUUAGAUUCAUGGGAACGAAAGGAAUGGUUUGCAUCGAUAAGAAACUAGAGGGAAUGACUAUAGUUAUUCGUGAAAGCAUGCGCAAAAUGAAAGCCCCUAAAAGUGAUCUUGGUAUUUUAAAAAUAAGUGAACCUCGAAGGGCCUACCUUAAUGCUCCCUUCAUAACGAUCUUGAAUCAAAUUGGACUUUCAACCGAGUUUUUCAUGAAACUAGUGAUAGAAACUAUCGUAAAUUUGAUUGCUUCAUUUGAUGAUAACGAUACUGCAGUUUCUGCAUUGGAGAUGUUUGGUUCACUUCAUCGUCUGAUAAAUUAUAAAAAGUUGGCUAGAGCUGGUUUCCAAUUGCAUCAUGAUCCGUUUUUCCGAUCAAUUAUCAUUCUGAUAUUCAAUCAAGGAUUGGAUAUAAUUAAAAGAAAAGCCAGAAUUCCAUUGAAGAUGAAAGAUGCUCGAACAAUGUUUGGAGUGUGUGACCCCACCAUCAACCGAUUUUGUCAAAAACGUGUUGUAAGUUUCAAUUACAAUGGAGUUUGUGACACACCGACAUUGGGACCAAGCUUUGAAGCAUUAGGUCGAGGUAUUCUUAAAAAGGGAGAAGUUUUCGUUUGGCCUUCGGAUUUUGAGCGGCCAAUUACUGGAGAUGUGAUUGUAACGAAAUUUCCGUCCACUCAUUCUGGUGAUGUUCGGAGAUUAAUAGCCAUUGACUACAAAGAGCUUCAUCACAUCAAAGACUGCAUUGUAUUCCCAGUUGAUGGGAAUCGACCACAUUCCGAUGAAAUGGCUGGUUCUGAUUUGGAUGGAGAUGAGUAUUGCGUUAUUUGGGCCGACGAAUUCAAAAGAAUUUUCAUCAAACCUCCAAUGGAGUAUCCGGCUGGUCAAAAUGGUGCCGUUUGCGAUAACAUCACUGAAAGAGAAAUGGUUCGUUUUCAUAUGCGAUACCUGCAAGAGUGUGCCAUUGGUAAAAUUGCUAAAGCUCAUUUAGCAUGGUCUGAUCUUAAAGGUAUCGAUUCAGCUAAAUGUAAGAAGUUGGCUAUUAAAUAUGCUGGAGCAUUGGAUUUUGCUAAACAAGGAAUUGAAGAUGAAUACAGAUUUAGUAAAGAAGAUUUAUACCCAGAAGCUCCUGAUUUUAUGCAAAGACAUAAAUCAAAACCAAGCUAUCAUUCAAUACGAGCUCUUGGUGCUAUUUAUCAAGUUAUUUCCCAAUUUCAACUCUACUUGGCUGAUGAAAUUAAAGUUAAACAAGUAGUUAAACCAAAUAUUGACCUGAGAUUAGUACAUCCCCAAUGGGGAUUGUACGAAGACGCAGCGAUUUCAGCUUACGCAAAAUACGAAGCAAUUGUUGGAUACUUGUUACACCGUUGUGAAUUUGCAUCAGAAUCUGAAUUACUUUCUCAAAUAUUUGAGAAAAAUCGCCUCUUUCGACAAAAUUUUAGUGAAGGAGUCAGAGCUAAUGACUUUGAAGAUUCGUCUGUUUCUAUGGUUAAAAAGUUUCUUGUUCAAGAAAUGGAACGUGAUUUUGACAAUGAUAUAACAGCUGUCUCACCCGAAGACCUUAAUCAAGCUCGAAUGGCCAAAGCAUCGGCUUACUACAUGGUUACUCUCGAAAAGGCUAAAAACUCCAAGUUGAAAUGUUAUGGUCUUCCGUGGAUUGGACGCUACAGUGAAUGUUUUGUGCAGAUGUUGAACAAUAAUGUGAACGUCUCACAACCUCUAGUUGACUAUCAAAGAUUAAGUUAUAGACGAAUGGGAUUCACUGGGGAUGAUAAUGAGAUUGGAAAAUCGUGUGAUAAUACAUGGAACAAGUUGGAUUCUUGGAUUUGUCAAUUCUUUGCAAUGACAGAAGUUGUUCAGCGAGAUGAGCUUUACAAUCAAUUGCACAAAAUUUACCAGCGAGCCAUCAUUCCUUACUGUACUGGUGAACGAACUAACGAAAGUUCGGGUAAAAUUUUGUUGAAAAUUUUCAAUGACAUUCAAGAAGAUAAUUGUUGCGGACUUGAGAUACAAAGAACCAGUGGACUAUUCUCUAGCCAUCACAAUCCAAUGGGUCAAAUGGUAAUGGCAUUAUUAGAACAAGAACUUUCUAACAGCUUGAUUAGAGAAGAUGACAACUCAAUUGACAUUUUCACUAACCGAUGUUUUAAAGUUCGUAUCACUGAUGCAAGGAAUGGAGAGAUUUCAGUUCAUAAUCUUGUGGAUUUGCUAAAUGAACUGACUUUCAAAGCUGAAAUCACUCUUUUCGAUAAUGGUGAUGUUGAUUACAUUCCUUUGGCUGUUUAUGGGCCUCCAGCAUCUCUCAUGAUAGCUCAAAUUGCCGUUGGAAUUCACAAUCGCCUCUGUUCCCAACAAAUUGUACUUUAAGAUUCAAAGUUCGAACAUGUCUACCCUUACUGCUGACACUCACACUUAUACACAUACACGUAAAACGAUACUUACACUUGCUUGUUUAAUGCUGAUUGCUGAUUGAUUUCUCGAAACAAAGAACAAUAAGAAUAAUAGAAUCUCCAUUUCGAUUUAUUUAGCAGUUAAGAUGAUUGGCAAAAAAUUGGCAUUUCAUCAUGUUUAAUGACUAAUGCCUCAUAUUUUUACUGAUGACCUCAAUUUUGGUGACUCAUUCGUGAUUUUUAUCUUCAUUGUUGAAAGUAAAUCAUGAGAUCAUUCAAUGAGAUUAUGAGGCACCUAUUCAUCUACUUAAUAAUUGCACCUGAUUAAUUUGACACUCUUCAUCCUUUUGAUUCUUUCUCGAGGACAUUUGACAUGCAUUUCGCUGCUGAAUAGACCUGUGUAUAGUUUCCUUGUUGGUAGAAUCGAUUUGAAUCGGAAGAGUUUGGAGUAACUUUCUUAAUAAUUCAUGAAAAUAUUUUUAAUUUGCUUAUUUUAAAAUUACUUAGAAUGACAAUAUUGAUAUAUUUCUAUAAAAUGUCAUGCAUUUUCAUACUUAUUGCAAAAAAAUUUCUAAAUUGUUAAAUUAUCAUUGUCAGUAUUAACAAUUAAUGUAUUACAAGUACAGUCACCUACCUGAUACUGCACCUACCCAAUACUGCACAUAAAUUUUUCAAUGGUCCCUAUUAUGGGGGAGCUAUAUUAACUUUUGAAUCCAGUCGAAUUUCGAUUCGAUUUCUUUAAUUAUCAAUUGGCUUAAUUCAAUUUUCUUUCGUGAAAUUUUAAUCUAAAAACUCUGAAAAUCAGUUUAAAAAAACAUUUUUGCUUGAAAUUGAUCUAUUAAGGAAGAUUGAAAAUUAUGAAUUACGCUGCCCGACGAAUAGUGUAAAUAAGCUAUUUCGCGAGUGGUGCAGUAUCGGGUAGGUGACUGUAUAUGAAGCAUUUCAUGUUGGUAUUUUUUUCAUUCCUUCUUACAUCUCUUAAUUUGACAUUAAAUUCACAUUUUUUUUCA